AUGCGUGGCAAAUUUAGUGGACUGCAAAAAGAGGCUAUUCAUCUUUAUAGAAAUUCUCUAAGAAUUGCUUACAAAAAACCGAUAGAAAACCAAAGUCAUUUUUUCAAAUAUAUACAUGAUGAAUUCGAUAAAAAUAAAAGCAUAUCGAGAAAAGAUUUUACCACUAUAGAAUAUUUGAUUAGAGUUGGAAAUAAGAAACUAGAAUCUUUUUCAAGAUCAGAAGUAAAAGAUAUUCAUUAA